AUGGAGGCAGAGGUCGAUGAGCUGAAACAAUGUUCUGGAAAGCUGACUCUGAUCUGGAUUCCAUACAGGCUGGACUGUAAAAUUAAGAUUAAUCAUCUUGAUUCAGCCAGCAAGAAGAAUCCAGUUAUGCCUAAAGCAAAUGUCAGCAGUAAAGUCAUGUUUUCAGACUUUACAUACCAUGCUUUGCGGCAAUUGUUCUUGAGCAGAAGAAAGACUAAGCACCAUAUUUGUGCUGCUUUGACUAAAACUAUGACCAUGAUACAAAAACUCCAAAAGCAAGACUUGGAGUUGUAG